AUGGCCACUAAUCAAAUCACAACAAAUGCAAAUGCCAGCACCAAUGAUUCAUUUCCUUUUCCAAUACAUCGGAAUCCCAUCACAGAUGACUACGACGUAUCGAGAGAAGUUUUAGGUCGUGGUAUAAAUGGUACAGUAUUCAAAUGUACACAUCGCCAAACAGGACAGAAAUGUGCUGUUAAAAUUUUGCAAUAUGCACGCGAAGCUCGUCAAGAAGUCAUCUUACAUAGAAGAGCAUGCGAAAAUUGUCAAUACAUUGUGCAACUGUUGGAAAUCUAUGAAAAUUAUCGAGGAACCGUGCUAUACUUUUAUAUUGUAAUGGAAUGUAUGGAAGGUGGUGAAUUAUUUGCUCGCAUUCUGCAGAGAAGUGAACGUCCGUAUACUGAACGCGAUGCCGCAAGAUAUAUUAGGAUGAUAGUUGAAGCUGUUUAUCAUCUACACAGCAUGGAUAUAGCCCAUCGCGAUUUAAAACCCGAAAACCUUCUAUUGGCAGAUGCAUCAAACGAUGCGAUUCUGAAACUUGGCGAUUUUGGCUUUGCUAAAGAAGGAAACAACGAAUUGAUGCCAUUAUUAACUCCAUUAUAUACACCAUAUUAUGUUGCGCCAGAAAUUUUGUCUAAUUCACGAUAUGACAAAGCUUGCGAUAUUUGGUCUAUGGGUGUAAUUAUGUAUAUUCUUCUAUGUGGUUAUCCACCUUUUUCUUCACAAAAUGAUCAAUUAACACUAAGUCCUGGCAUGAGAGAUCGAAUCAAAGCUGGUGAUUAUGAAUUUCCAGAUAAUCCAUGGAGCAAUAUUUCACAAGAAGCUAAAUUGACUAUCCAGCGAAUGCUUACAGUUGAUCCAGCACAACGUAUUACAAUUGGUGAAAUUCGAGCAUGCCAAUGGCUAAAUGAACUUACAUCUGAAAGAUCAAUCGAUAUGAAUUCUAUACAAGAUCCUGAAACUCGAGAGCAACUACAAGUUGCAGUUGCAUCUGCUACUGAUCUUCAACGUCGAACUGAUGUUGAUUUAGGCAUUCAAAUACAGGGACCCGAAUCAUCAAAUGUUGCUAUACGAGCAGCUGAAAGAAGACAACAAGAGAAUCUGAAUAAGCAUACUCACUGUUAA